AUGGCUUCCAACUCGGCCAGCACGGCUGCAACAGACAACAGCGAGAACUCAGCUCGAGGGGCUGGUCAGGUGCCGCUCUCCUCGGCACCGGCGACCUCUGACGUCGUUGCCAACUCAAUCACAGCCUCUACCGCGUCCAAUGCCCCCAUCAGCGGCGGCGGUCAGGACACAAGCAAUAGUCACACAAUCUCCGACGCAACCAACACCCCAGUGGCAACCGCUGUUCAUUCCGACUCGCAACCUACAGCCUCGUCAGCACAGAGCGCGGACCCAUCAGAUUCGCCCGCUCAGCCAACCACUUCUCCGGCUCCAGCUCCGGCUCCAGCCCCAGCUCCCAACUUGAUUUCAACCUCUUCGAUGCUGCCGCGCGCUUCCGGCACUUCUUCCAGCACCUCAUCUUCAUCUAGUUCAGGUACCGCAACUCCCACAGUCAGGUCUGUCGCAUACCGCAGUCCUGUUCCAACUGCAAACACCCACAGAAUCGCAUCCAGUCCUGGCAUUGGCAUCACCAGCUCAAACACUUCGGCAGCUCGUCGACAGUCCAGCCGUCAUAAUGCUCAAGUAUCGUCAAGCAGUCACCGUGCUCCACCUUUCCCGAACAGCCCUCGGAAUACCUUCGCUUCAGCGUUGGCUUCUCCCUACGCAACCAGCGCAGUUCCUUCCAUUUUUGGCUUCUACUCGCACGAUGGUAAUGCCACAGCUUCGGCCAAUGCUAGCAGCUCUUCGGUUUCCACUCAAUCGGGUCCUCAUUGGCAACCGCCGCCGAUGCCUCGAGCCACCAUCUAUCAACAUCAUCGUGCCGGCUCAAACUCCCCCGGGCCGACUCGGACAGAACAGAUUGCGCUCCCCUCGCCUAUCUCGAGUCCUCGCAUUGGAAACUUGAGCUUCUACCCCUCCGCCGCUCAGCGGCAAUACCCGCGUGCAUCGUCCAACCUUGGCACCGCAUAUCGCUUUGCAGAUUCGACGCGCUCCUACGCUUCUCACUCGAACUCUACCUCGGUCAGUACCGAUUCCAGCCUGCUAGCUUCUUCUCUACCAGCUGAGCAACCAACCUUCCAAGAGACCACCACAAUCUCCUUCACUUGGACCGUCCGCGAUCUACAUCUGCUCCGCGAAGAAGUCGAGCUUUCUCCCCCACCGUCCGAGGGUGGCCGAUCCGUUAGCGCCGGCGCAGGCAAGAGCGAUGUUUGGACAAGUCAGCCCGUCUUUGGCGACAACAAGUGGAAGCUUGAGCUGGUCCGUACCACUCGACCCCUCACAGACCAGUCUCAAGAUGGCUCUGCUGUCGGGAAUCAUGGAACUGACGAUGACGACGACGACGGCGGCGGCGGCGGCGGCGGCGGCGGCGACGAAACCAUAUCAGCAACCGGCCAAAAUCCUGAAUCAAUUGGUGUACAGGGCGUCGACUCGGAUGCGGCCGCUCCUCGAUCCAGCAUCACCAUUCUUUCUGUCUACCUCACUGCUCUUGUCCUGGACUACACACACGCCAACGUCGAAAUCCCAGCCUCCAUCAUGGUCGGACUGCGACCGGUGCGUGCUGCUGUCGGAAGGCGCGGCCCUGAAAGUGGUGGCUACCUGUGGCGACGCUUCUACGACUUUACCUUUCAAAAGGAAUCCGAUCUUUUCACUUGCCACGACCUGCCCAGCGUUUCCGAGAUGCUGCAGGACUUUACUGUGGCGCGCGAUGAUGCAAUCGCGCUCACCGUUCAGCUCGGCUUGGGCCCAGGUCACACACGCUCCAGAUCCGGACAGCUCGACGAUGCCACCACCUCACUUCCCACCCCUGUCGAGGUCGAUGGCCACCAUCUCGUUCCUCAAGCUGUUCUCAACUCCUUGCACGGUCUGCUCGAUGAUGCCAACACAGGCGACGUUCGCAUCAUGGUACGUGAACGAGGCAUCUUGCUCCCAGAUGCAUCCGAAAGCGCCUCCAUGUCCGAUGACGGCGGUCACCUCGACGACACGCUUGGCGACACCCUCGAACGCGUCGUACCAUUCCCCAUUGGAUCCAACUGCCCUAUUGCCUCUGUCCAGGGUGGAUCCGAGGCAGGCAUGCUCACAUCCAUCGAUGACGAUCCGGACCGCAUCUUUGUACGUGAUCGCGUGCUGUGGGCGCAUGCAAGCGUCCUCAAAAGCCGCAGCGACUACUUCCAGACCAUGCUCGCCUCAGAUUUCAGCGAGGGUAUCAGCCGCAACUAUGGUGCAGCUGAAGCCGAUUCCGGAACGGGGCGCAAUGUUCGCACGCUCCAAAUCUCGGACGCCGACUUUGUGACUGCCUAUUGGUUCCUGCGCUACCUUUACACUGACGACAUUCAAUUCGCAGACAAGGAAGAUGUUCGCAGCGCUGUUCUGGACGAGGAGUGGGCUAAAGGGGCUGAUCUCGGCUACCUCAGCGCUGAAUCGGCGAGUGGCGACACGAGCCACGCCUGCAGUCUGCGCAAGAGUAUGCUGGUCAACUGGACGCCCAUCUCGCAGCUCAAGGAAUACAGCGAUUUCGACAUGGACGAGCUGAGCUACUCGAUGCCUACUUCAGCUGGCGGUCGACGUGAUGUUUCUGGCUCCUUUGUUCUGCAGGGCUCGUCGUCCAUGAACGCAGCUUCUUCUACUUCAGGAUCGCUUCGACAGAGGAGCAGUGCAGCAGCUGGCACCAGUGAUGGCGCAGGCGGCAGCGUAGUCUCCACAACCGGCAAUGCUGGUGCCCGACCUCUGUCCUCUCCCACUUCACCGUCCGCGACAGCGGGUGCGAGCGCAGCAGGCAAGCAUCAUGCGGGCGACGAAGCGGGUCGCGCCGGUAGCGGAGGUCAUCGCACUGUGCCAGGCACGCUUGACCCACACGACCAUCCCUGCGCCGAUCCAGGUCCCGCAUCGGCUCUGUCCAUCUUCAAACUUGCCCACCGCUACCACAUGCAAGAUCUAUCCCGGCUCGCAUCGCUGCACAUGGUGGCGACGCUGACGCCUCAAUCGGCCUUCCCCAUGCUGCUCGCCACGUCCAUGUACACCGAGCUGCAUACGCGCAUCAAGACGUACGUCUACCAGCACUGGCAUCUCGUCUCGCACACGCAAGAAUUUGAGCGAUGCUGCGACGAGGUUUCUGUGGGCAUGUGGGGCGCGGACGCAGGCAAGACGGUGCGUGCGUUCGUAAGGAGUUUGGUCUCGCCCUUGCGGGCUGCUCAGAGCUGA